AUGUCCAUCAUGAAGAGUAAGAUCGCAAAGACUUUGGUGGUUGUGGUAGUUGCAAUAGCCAUAUUUACUCUAGUGUUACUCAUGCUUUGGGAGGGACCAUUAGGUACUCUUACCGAAGAAAACCUUACCGAACUUAAUGGAGAGGUUCCGUUUAGAUUUAAGGAUUCAGGAAGUAACGAAGAGGGCAAGGACGUCACGCUCUCAAAGUUCUUCGUGUGUCUGAAUAAGGUCCUAAGGUCUGCUGACGAUAGUCUUUCGUCCUAUCUGUGCUGUGGCGAGACUUCCGAAGAAGAAGGAGAAAGUAAAAAGGGGAAAUACGUAAAGAAUGCAAUUACCGAGGCCAGAAACAUGAUGUUUAGGGUUAAGGAUUCUAAGGACGUCAUUCUUGAAAUCCUGAAAAAAGGAGAUAAAAACCGUAAUGAACUUGCGGAGACCGUCUCAAAUGCAUUCUCGGCUGUUGAGACAUCAGAAGGAUCCGAUCAAGAAUCCGAGGGAGCAGAUGAACAAGGGAAGAUCGAAAAACUGAAUACAGCAUUGGCCGAGCUUUAUAUUUGGAUCUGGCUAAAGGGAAUUCCUGAAGAAGACAAGAGGACUCUACAAUUCCGAAAGACCUACAAAGAGAAUCAAUCUGUCAAAAAUCUCCUUGAUGGCUUGGACGAGGAAAAUCGUGAGGUUGCAGAAUCUACAAUACUUGUUAAGGUAGGAAAAAAAGAAGAUAGCAUGCAUGUGAUCGAGCAUAUACUCACCUCCAUAUUUCAAGCAAACGGGUAUAUGGAAAAGGGAAGCAUUAAACAGGCUUACUUGUCAGCAAAGGCGUCUGUUGCAGCAGCCGGUGGAAGUCUGGGAAAAAAGGUAUCUGAAGUCUCUGAUAAUGAAGGAAAGGGACUAAUUGAUUCACUCUUUGGUAUGAUCGGAUGGAGGAAUAAUAGCAACAACAACAGCUCGGUUAGCAAGAAGAAGGAGGAGCAGGGAGUAAAUAGCUAA